CGCGUACCAACCUAAUCAAAACGUCAAAAUUGUAACACGAAACUUUUUAACCUGUUGCAUUCUCAAACCCGUUUCCGCAGAUAAUUUUAUAAAAAUCAUCUCUUAUCACUGAUAAGCGUAUCGAAACCAAUCUGAUUCAAAGCAAACCAACAAAAAUAAACAAAGGUAUGGAUAAACUGCGUCGAGUGCUUGGAGGUAAUGACUCUCCAGACGAAGAAAGCGGAAUAAUGUCACAAUUAAACGAAACAACAACUCUGAGUUGGUCCACAAGACUGAAAGCAUUUCUAUUCUGUUUCAUCCUUGGAAUACUUUUAUCCUUUCUUGGAUCUUUUGCCUUAUUUUUACGAGGGGGCUUGACAGUGUUUGCCAUCUUUUAUACAUUGGGGAAUAUUUUAUCAAUGGCAAGUACGUGUUUUUUGAUGGGACCUUGCAAUCAAAUCAAAAAAAUGUUUGCCUCAAGUCGAGCUAUUGCAACUGGUCUUGUAAUAGCCUCUUUUAUUUUAACACUAGUUUCUGCUCUUGCGUUACACAAUGCGCUCUUGGCCCUUAUUUUUAUAAUAAUACAGUCAUUAGCAAUGACUUGGUACUCUUUGUCAUACAUACCUUAUGCAAGGGAUGCCGUAAAAAAGACUUUCAUAGCAUGUGUCGGUUGAUUAGUCAAUUAAAAAUAUAAAUGUAUAAAUUUGGAAAGUAUUUACAUAUUUUUUAUAAUGUAAUUUGUGUCAGUUGGACCCAUCCACUACUGUAUUUAUUUUGAUACUUUAUACAAAUGUAAAUUGUUGCUAAUUUAAAUGUAGGUAAUGUUUAGAAAAAAUUAAAGUAUUUAACUGA